AUGGCUCCCCACCGUCGAAGCCGCAUUGCCAGCCGGAGAAGGAGGGAGGAUGAUGGCGACGAAGAGGGCUCCAUCGACGGGGACUUGGAGGAUGAUUCUCUGAGUGAGGGAACCAUUUCAGCUCACGAGGAUGACGCCGAUGAGGAAGGGAGUGAUAUGAGUGAAGACGACACAACCGGGCCGGUGGAAAGGUUGUCAACGAAUGGACAGGUACUGACUACGAAUGGCGACGAUCGUGGUGAGCGUGGACAGGGUGAACAGCGUGGUGAACGUGGUCAGCGUCAACGCAGGGACGAAUCGAUUUCUCCAGCCAAGCCGGUCUUUGGCGCUACGGUUUCUGAUACUGAGGCUAUGAUGGAUGGGUUGAAGUUGUCCGAAGGAGCCGAAGGCGUCCAAGAAAUCCAUUUUGAUGACAUGAAGAUCGAGUUGGUCGCCACCCCAAAAUCCGCCAACAACAGGGGAUACAGGAGGGAAACAUUUGCGGAACGGAAGCGGCGCGAGCACGAUGAAUACAUUAAGGAGCGUGAUUCGAAUCCUGCCUUUGUGCCUACUCGUGGUAGAUUCUUCCUCCACGACAAGCGGAACACACGCCCAAUCCCCCCUCCUGUGCCUAACCAUACCGCGUUCCACACUCCGCCUAGGCCCGUCCCCACAGCUCCUCGAUCAUCUCCGCCAAACCGCUCCUUUUCCAGCAGCGUACUCGUGGGAAAUGUUCCCGUCAUCGUUUUUCUUCCUGGAAUGAAAGAUCCCAUCCCCUACUCCGCUGUUCCGAAGAAACAACACACUCGCCUCCCACAGCAUCGACCUCCACUCCGUCGCGAUAAGCCUGUUAGGAUAUCCGUCCCAGGGCAACCACCCCGAUACAUUUUCCCGUCCACGGAGCGGUCAUUUAUCUUUAUUCCGAGAGCACUGAGGCCAAAUCAGCAAUUCCGUCAACGAGGGCGGGGAGGUUUCUACGGUGGUGGUGGUAGGAGAACGAGUGUUUACGGAGGAAGCGUCUAUACGCCUAGCGUGGCUAUGAGCCGCAGAUCGUCAUUCGGAAGAGGAACCGACGCCAUCACUUCCCCUGUCGGUUCGGCGAUAUCUCGUGUUGGCGGAAUGCCUGGUGAAGGUAGGAAGCCGGUAGUGCGACUACCCCCUUCAAUCAGACCUCCACUUGGAUCAGGAUUUGCUCCGCAACCCCCCGCAAUGGUCCCACAGAUGACAGCACCUCCCCUCCCUUCACAAUACCCAAUGCCUCCACCUCCGGAGUUCCGUGAAAACCGUCUACCACAGAACAUCCCCAUGCAUCAGCCUCGACCACAGAAAACAGUCUCAGUAGCCGACAUUGAAUCCCCCGUCAGUUUCCAAUAUAACCCGCCCCAGCAACAGCAGGAACAGCCAUUCCGUCAACAAGUUCCCCACCCCGUCAAUGGUGGGUUCAUACCUGAUAACAACGCGUAUGCCCCCCACGGGCGCCGUGCUUCCCACGCCUCCCAGCCCUCCGCAACGCCCUUAUCUCAAAUCCCCGAGCGUGCCAUCCACGCCCAACCAUUCCAACCAUAUCCCUACCAACCGCAAACAUACUACACGGAAGCAGGCUAUCAACCCGCGCCUAUAUUCUACACCACCUCAAACCCGGAAUAUCCAACAUAUGCCACAACCGUGCGGCCAGGACCCCCACCAGCAACAUAUGCCGCCCAGCCACAGCAGAUGCCCUUUUCCGUGGGCCCUCCCCUCCCUCAUCAUCCGCCGCCGACCCACCAACAACCCGCCCCAGAUCAAGAACAAGCGCCAUCCGGUACUUUUGCACAUGAGCAAAACGGUACGGUGUAUUACUACGACACAUCGCAGUUUGCAAACUCCGCAUACCCGCCACAGCAGAAUCAAGUAUACUCUGCACCGCCGCCCCAACAGGGGGUCCCGCCCGGGGGUGUAGUGGGCAUGGGAGGGAUGAUGACGCCGCCUGGGACGACAUAUUAUUAUCCUCAGCCGCAGAAUGGGACAGUUUAUUAUACGUAA